GCGCGAGGGACGGAAAGCGCUGGGGGAGGGGAAGGGGGGCGGUGUAAGGGUGAGUGAUUUCCUUCCGGCACGUCGCCCGCUCCGGGGGAGGGGGUGGGGGGUUUCACUUCCGGGACGGUGUUCCGGCCCAUUCCGGCCCAUUUCCACCCCCGGAGCUCUCACCCUUCCAGUGCCGACGGUAGAGAGAGACCUUACUCCAGGGGCUUCCUCCUCACUGGGGAAUUGCCGGAAAGAGCAAACAAAAAAGGCGCUGGUGUAGGCUCCAAAAUAAACACAUCUGAAUUCAUGAUGGCAUCGACAGAGGCUCUUAUUGGAUUAAAAGUUUCAAAACAAACAAAAACGCUUUGGAAAAAGCAGGGUUGAAUGCCUGCCUACACCCUCAGGCACGACCAUGGAGAAAGGUGGGAACAUACAACUGGAGAUCCCUGACUUCAGCAACUCUGUCCUGAGCCAUCUAAACCAGCUGCGCAUGCAGGGCCGUCUCUGUGAUAUUGUGGUCAACGUGCAGGGACAGGCUUUUCGGGCUCACAAAGUGGUCCUGGCUGCCAGUUCACCCUAUUUCCGGGAUCACAUGUCCUUGAAUGAGAUGAGUACUGUCUCCAUUUCAGUCAUCAAGAACCCUACUGUUUUUGAGCAGCUCCUUUCUUUCUGUUAUACGGGGCGGAUAUGCCUGCAACUGGCAGAUAUCAUCAGCUACCUGACAGCUGCCAGUUUUCUGCAGAUGCAGCAUAUUAUAGACAAAUGUACACAGAUCCUGGAGGGGAUUCACUUCAAAAUUAAUGUGGCAGAGGUUGAAGCAGAAUUAAGUCAAACGAGGACAAAGCAUCCAGAAAGGCCUCCGGAGUCUCACAGGGUGACACCGAAUCUAAACCGUUCCCUUAGCCCACGACAUAAUACUGCAAAGGGAAACCGGCGAGGUCAGGUUAGUGCUGUGUUGGAUAUCAGGGAGCUCAGUCCUCCUGAGGAGUCCACCAGCCCUCAGAUAAUUGAACAGAGUUCUGAUGUAGAGAGCCGGGAGCCCAUUCUUCGAAUCAACCGAGCAGGACAGUGGUACGUGGAGACGGGAGUAGCAGACCGGGGGGCCCGGAGUGAUGAUGAAGUUAGAGUUCUUGGGGCAGUACACAUCAAAACGGAAAACCUGGAGGAGUGGCUUGGGACUGAGAAUCAGCCUUCCGGAGAAGACGGGAGUAGCGCCGAGGAAGUCACAGCCAUGGUGAUUGACACCACCGGCCAUGGUUCUGUGGGGCAGGAAAAUUACACUCUGGGAUCUUCAGGAGCCAAGGUGGCUCGGCCGACAAGCAGUGAAAUUGACAGAUUUAGCCCCUCCGGCAGUGUUGUUCCCUUGACGGAGAGACACAGAGCCAGAAGUGAGUCUCCUGGGAGAAUGGAUGAGCCUAAGCAGCCCAGCUCCCAGGUAGAAGAGUCCGCAAUGAUGGGAGUAAGUGGCUAUGUGGAGUAUCUCCGAGAGCAAGAAGUAUCUGAGCGGUGGUUCCGGUACAACCCCCGUCUCACCUGCAUCUACUGCGCCAAAUCUUUCAAUCAGAAGGGGAGCCUGGACCGCCACAUGCGCCUGCACAUGGGAAUCACGCCAUUCGUCUGCCGCAUGUGUGGCAAGAAGUACACCCGGAAGGAUCAGCUGGAGUAUCAUAUCCGCAAGCACACAGGCAACAAGCCCUUCCACUGUCACGUAUGUGGCAAAAGCUUCCCCUUCCAGGCCAUCUUGAAUCAGCACUUUCGCAAAAACCACCCUGGCUGUAUUCCCCUGGAGGGGCCUCACAGCAUCUCCCCUGAAACAACUGUCACAUCUCGAGGACAAGCUGAGGAAGAGUCGCCUUCACAAGAGGAGACAGUUGCUCCUGGGGAAACUGCCCAGGGCUCUGUGUCCACCACUGGUCCAGAUUGAAACGUGGAGGGGGAGGGGGCAGACCCUCUUCCCCUUUGGGCCGUAAGCAGCCAGCAUGAGGGCCACGGGCUGGUACUUAGAUUCACAAAACGCCACAUCACUAGAUCGGAAGAUACUCCCAAGAUGUUGCCAAACUAGAGGAUCAGCAACAUACGCAGAAGCACGAGAGGCUCUUCCCCUCCUCCUUCCCACCUCAUACUUUGGGAAAUAAUCAAGUAAAUCAACUUUCUAAUUCAGGGAUCAACAGCCUUGGUUUGUUAACUUUAUAAGAAAAAAAUUUUUUUUAAAAAACAGUGAUAAAUGGUCAUUUAUCUACCAGUCAUGUUUGAACACUGUACUUUGGUCCAUAUCAUCCUGGUGGCUGUAAUUGCCCAGAUCUAAAACACAGCAGGAGCCUUGGUCAUCUGAACCAGCCAGCCACGAGAGAGAAGGAAGUGAGAGAGAAGGAAGUAAUCGCGACGGUGACAAGAAGGAGGAAUUUCUCCUCUUCCUUCCCUGCCAGAACAUGCAGUUUCACAUUUCAAGGAAAAAAAAAAAAAAAAAAAGAAUCCUGGUGGUUGUUACUGAUUUGAAAAGUUAGACCUUCUCUUUGCCCUGAUUAGGCAUCUGACACUUUGCCUGAUUGUUUCAUGUAAGCAGCCAUCUUGGAGCGGUGUUCUCGUGGGCAGCGUCACCUGAAGCUCUCUAGGCAACUGGAAGGGAAAUGAGCAACAAAGUGUUUGCAGUAGGUUCUGCUACAUUUGGGGGCUUGAGUUUCAUGUUGGGGAAGAGGGGAGCGGGGAAGGAAGUGAGGUUUUGUGCAAAUGUCCAAUGGCGCAGAGUACUGCAACUUCCUGAUUGGUGUUUGUAAACCAUAGUGCUUAAAUAUCUUUGGGUGUUAGGAAAUGGCUCUAGUCCAGAUGAAUUAAUGUGUUAGGCUGACUACCAAAGUUUCAUCCAGUCUCUCUGGCUCCUACCUUCACAGAACAGCAAUAUUCUACAUCAGAAAUGUCACUUUCUAGUGAAAUGAGCCUGGACUGUAUUUUUAAAUCUACAGGUCUCCAUAUUUGAUAACUUUUAUAUGAAGUUUUAAACACAUUUUUUCUGCAAUAUUGUGGUUGAGGAAAUCCAGCACUAUGGUUCUUAUUGCAACCACAAUUCCAUUUCCUUCUACGUAUGUAAUAGUUUAUAUUUUCAGGCCAAUAGAAGAACCUCACUAAAUCCAUGUCUCGCGUCUGCAAACCUAGUAAUUCAUAAACCAACCAUCAGCAAAUUUGCUGGUGACUCCAAGAGCUUUGCUUUUUAAUAAUACACUACAGGGCAUUUACCAGAAAACAUCAGGCACAAUCAUGUUGCAAUAAAUUGAUCAAGGGAUCAAUUUGAUCAGGUUUGGUUACUUAAUCAUUCCUAAGAUUUUUAAAACUUCAAGGGACCUUUUUGGUAAUUCUGGGGAUUUCUGAGAUUCUUCAUCCAGCAUUGAGAGUCAGAAAAACUUUAGCAAACAUGUAGAGUUUUAGAUGCCCUGUCUUGCAUUCAGAGAAUGAAGGAGGAUUAUUAAGGGAUGCAGGCAAGUAGAUGCAAAUAGGAAAGAGAAAAAUAUAUAGCUUCUCUUAAUCAUUAAAUUUUUAAGAGUAUUGAAAUAUGCAGUGGUUUAAGAAAUUAUCUUGGUGCAGAGGCACAGAAUGAUUGUAAAAGAGAUUCGGGGAGGGGCUGGUCAUGCCUGCACUGGUGAGCCACCUGUGAGAAUGUUAGUGCGUGCUCCCUUUCUGAGAAUGCUUUGUGGUAUGUGGAAAGGUGGCUGGAACGGAAUGGCGUUUCUCUGAUGAUAGGAAGUUAGAAUGCAAAGAGUAACUCACAAACAAUCUGAUAAUUGUAUAUACACAUAAAGCUGCACCAUAUUGCUAGAGAGCGGUUAUUUUCUCUUCUGGAAAAACGUAGCAAUGUGUCUUUUAAUAGGAAUGCUAUGAUACUACCAUUUGAUGAGAGCCUUCCCUUAAAUGAUACGUUGAAGCUUUGUCCUUAGGAGAUGUAGACUAGAGCAUUCUCCUCUUUAGUUGGGCAACAGAAUGAUAGGGCCACCUUAGGGACCAGCUAUGCCCUGUGGGCAUAAAAGUGGAUUUGAAAUUAGACUAAAAUCUCUAGUGAAAAUUUUAGCUGGUAAUCACGUCUGUCCAUGAACAGUUUGCCAUUACUAAAUAGGCAGGAAGGUGAGAAGUACAGAAUAUGCUGCUGUAGAUGGAGCUUUUAAGCCUACCAAAAAAAUGUUAAGUCCAUCCUACUUUUGAGAAGUAGUAUGUUGGAAAGUUCUUUAUGCUUUGUUAGUUUCUUAGGUUUUCUGUGAGAAAAUGGAGCUUUUUAAACUAUGACCAAAUUGUAAAGGUGAACUGCAGUAAUGUUUGUAAAGAGAAAGUUGGCAGCGUUUGUCAGUACUCCAUCCAGGAUUAGCAACAAGCAUUUUAAACGAAGUAGAGACUAUCUAGUAGAUGUGGAAAUGCUGGGAGUGUUUGUUGGGUUCCCUUCCGUUCUCAUCCACUUGUAAUAGAUGUUGCUGAAUUGAUACUGUGAAUAGAGUGCUACCUGGUCUUCUAGGACCACAUCAGCACAGUCGUGUUGGCUGGUCCUCACCUCCUCAUUGGCCUAGCCCGGAGCCAUGGAAUUCAUGAACAUUCAAGCCAGGCUAGCUUUUAAACGAAGUAAAGUUUCUGAAAGCAAUUUCCGUGUUAGCUAGAAAAGGUAUUAGCAUUCUACAUAACUGUCCAAGAUUCUUAUCCAGGUUCACUGUGACAUUGUCCUAGUUCUUAGUUAACAUCACUGUAGGGUCAUAGUAGUAGUAGUGUUCUAUCUGCAUUAAUGAAUAGCUGUAUCGGUGUGUGCACAGAGGAUACCUCUCUUAAGGAUGUACUAGAUGGACUGUAGCUAAUGCUGAAAACUCAUUACCAAAUCUUAACUUGCACGUGUCACCUUGUGAAGGGAACUGCAUUAGCAUUGAGAGCUAAAUCAUCAGUAAGUACUUUAAUGCCAUGAAAAUAGCAAACACUGGGACUGUUUCCAUUCAUUGAGUGGCACUUGAUAGCAAAGGAGCUACCCAAUAUUCUCAGCAGAAGAAGAGAGAUGGCAGUGUCUUAAUCUGCCUUUGUUCUAAGAGGUACCUUUUAUUCUCUCUGAACUCGGAUACCAGGAUAAAUAUAGCAUUGGCAUGAACAGGAACACUGUGCUUAGGCAGAAAGGCUCUUUCUAAUGACUUGUUCUCUCUUUACUCAGAACCAUAUUUACCUCUGAACUGAGUUGAGUUUUAUUUUAUGUAAUUUGCCAACUACCCCCAAGCCAUCAUUGUACCAGACGGUUGAAUCGAAUCUUGAAUAAGUAAAAAUAAAUUCAUUCCUAAAUGAUAAGGUUGGAAGCGAAGGGAGAUAGCAGUUAAGGAAAGUUUUCUGGUUAUUCUAUUUUUUGGUAUUUUUAGAUGUUUCCAGUUCCCUCUACAUCAGUAAAACAGGGUUUCCAAAGAUGUUACGACAGUAGAAAUAAACUAUUAUCUUCCUAGCUCCAUAGCUGAAAUCUGGCCUUGGUUGGAAGUGGUCUGGUGGAACAGUGCACUUCAUCCUUAAUAGCAGAAUAGUCUUUGGUCAAGAAAUAACUUUUAAAAAAAUUUAGUUGUUACUUGACACUAAUUUUGUUUCUUUUAACUGGUAAAAAUUCUAUUUUGUUUGACUAGAAGAUCUAAUUUUAAAAAAUUAAAACAACGGUUAAUGGAAAGGAAAUUAAACUGAACAGAGGCAACAGUCUUCUUAAUCAUAGUGGAAGGCAUUUAAUCAGAAAGGAGUUGGACUCCUGGAAGUUUCUCUUUUUUCAGAUACAACAGACACGUUUGUUUGUUUGUUUGUUUGUUCUCUCUUAAAUGCCAUUCUCUUUAUCUACUUACUGGUUUAAGGCAUAAUUGAGAAGUUCUUAUUGAACUCAUUUUUGAAAAUGGGGCUCUUAUGCCAUUUGGGAAAGAGUGCAAAAUAUUGAAGUAUUGUAGUUGUUGAGAUUUAGAAAAGGGACACCAAGCUAUUAAGUCAGGUAAAUCCCUGAGUUUGAGAGGAUGCCCCUUAGCAUAUUCCUAGCAUUUGUGAAUUAGAUCAGUAAACCGCAGCCUCCAGGGCCAAAUCCUGAGGCCAUCUGAUUGUAUAAAGUGAUACGGAAUACCUGUUCUUCACGUAUUGUUUAUGGCCACUUGCUACUGUAAUGACAAAGUUGGGUGCUUGUGGUAGACACCACAUGGGCAGCAAAACCUGAAAAUUUACUAUUUGUCACUUGACAGAAAAGUUUGCUAACUCCAGAAUUUUGUCACUCCUGCCAUUUUGUCUUUGUAAUAGUUUGGUUGAGGUUUUAAAUUCUUGUUGCCAUAUAUGCAUCAGUUCCUUGAAAGAGCUUACCAUCUUUUCCUAGACCUUUUUCUCAGAACCCUGUUUGUGUUCCUUCUUAAUGAUUCCCAUUGCUUUAAAAGCAUUUAGAAUAGCCUUAUGAUCUGUCCUUGCCUUAAAGGUGCAGGUAGAUCAAAGUUUAGGAUGGUAGUUACAGAUGUAACAAAGUAAUUUAAAAAUAUAAUUCCCAUGCAUAAUAAUGUAGGGUUAAAUGAGUACCAUGUUUACAUAAAAUACUGUAAAAAAAUUAAUGUUUUUAUAAGUAAGUUUUGCCAUUCCUCUGAGUUAACUUGAACUGGUUUGCAUAAUGAUGACAAGAAUGAAUUUAUUUCCACUAAUAUUAAAAAUUAACUUCUGUUAUGAAUAAGUGGUUUGAUUCUUACCCAAAAUACUGUCCUUCUAGAUUAGAAACCCCUACCCUUUCCCUGUCUACAAAUCUUCAUUUUGAUUUCCUCAAAUAAACUCACUCUGUUCCAUGUGGAGUAGUAAAAAGCCCAAUGUUCUUCCCUUCCUUUUCUUUUUCCCCCAAUGAAUGUUUUAAAACAAUGAAAUCUUUGAAGAUUUCAAAUUCCUCUUAGCCCUAUCUUCCGAUGUCUGUUACUGUCUAUGAUGUUUCUAAAUAUAUACUGGGCUAUUAUUUAUUUGCUUUCCGAAUGUUCAUUCUUACUGUUCACAAAAAGCUUAUUUAUGCCAGAUGUGCAAAAAUGGAAAAUGUUAGGAUGAUUAUAAACAGAAUUCCUUGCAGGAGGAGAAUAUAAUUGUUCCCCAUAUGAACACCAUGCAUAGACUUCUGAGUUAAAUUUAUCUGAACAAAAUGUUCUAGGCUGGGCUGACACAGUGCAGUGAGUUUCACUUGUACUUUGUUGGCAACCCCACCCAUACAUACAGAGUUUGGGUGAGUGACCUAAGCUCCUGUAGGGCACCUCCUUCCUAGUCCUUCUUCAAGUUGUUUUUCCCCGUUUGAUAUUCAUAAGUUUUAUAUGAAAUGUUCUAUGAGUAGUAGAUAAUCCUUACCUGUAAGGAUGUUUGCCUAGCUGAGAUCUGCCCUCGUCUUAGAGAUUUUGGAGUGUUGCUUUUCUGAUUAAUUUGCGAUUCUGAUCCUUCUGGCAUACAGAACAUUGGCCAUAGACAGCCCGAUGCGUCCUCUGCAUGCAGCUUUCUGUGAGGCCUGGGGAGUAGCUGCCAUUUCUGUAUGAAUGCGUUGCAGAACAAUUGAGUUUGCCCAGCACUAGCGAGAUCUUUGAUAAUUAUUAGUCUUCUGUUUUACCUUCUUUGCUUUCUAGAGUCUGUUUCUGUUUUCAGUCCUCUCAUUUUUAAGUAGUGCUUUUCCCAGAGCCAGUCUUUUUAUUUUGCAGUAAGGAGGUUUUCUUGCUCAGGACAAGCCAAAGUUGGAUAGGUACUAUGAGUACUUUAAGACACCUGACUCAGUUACAUCCCAAAGGGUAUAAUUAUUGAUAACAACUGUGAUAUCAAAACCUGGAAAACAUUUGUACAGACUAUCCAGUUUUGUUGUAUAGGCAGCCUACCUUUUCCCUCAACUGCAAGGAACAGCAAUGACUUAGAAGGCAAUUAUUACUUGAAAUGUCUAUCGCCUUUACAGAGAAUACAUACAUGAAUAAAUUUCUUAUCUCACAUCUUCCCUGUUAUCUACUUAGUAGAUAUUUCCCAUCUUAACAGUUAAGGGCCUACUAGCUCAAAUAGUGGAAGCUUUAAAUAGCAAAGCUAAGUUAUAAAGGCAGAGCAGUUCAUGAAAAAUAAAACUUUUCUAAUGCUUACUUCUUUCACGUCUACUCAGUAAGUCCUCCUGAGGAGGCUAGAACUCCCCAUCCAGUUAAGACAGAAACACAUACAGCAUCUUCUAUGGACAACAAUACAAUUUAGUAUACUGUGAAUCUUAGAAUCUGAAUUAAUCCAUAAUGCCAAAAGUCAGAGUAUCUAAUGGGAAAAUGUUUCCUAUUCUGUGAAAUCACAUACCUUAAGUGAGAAGUAGCAUACAGGAGAGUCUGGUCCACAAAGUAAAGAUUAAGUAUUUAUUGGUACCAGUGUGCUUGGAAUUCAUACAACAAAAUUGAUUUUAGACAUAGUUUAGAUGUGGCUUCCUAUACUUGAGAGUCCUAAAUCCACUUGGUUAGAGUCUGGAUGUAUGCUUUUUAAAAGCCUGCACUUUUCAUCACAGAGAUCAAAAAGAGGGGGACAGAAUUAACUGUACUAAGUGCUUUAGUGGCAUAAUGGCAGUUAGUCCUCAAAAUAAUCCUCUGAUGUAGUAACAGUAGAACUAAAACUAGCUGAGAUUUUGAAUGUUUACUGUGUGCCAGGCGCAGGUCCGUGUGCUUCAUAUUGUUAACUCAUGUAAUCCUGGUGGCGGUCCCAAUAGGAUGGACACUUAUUACCCUCGCUUUAGAGAGGAAGAAACUGAGGCACAGAGAGGUUGACCCAGGCAGUCUAACACUGGAGUUAACACUCUAAUAGACUAUGUUGCCUUUAAGAGGUGUCAUUAUACCACAACUUAUAGAUGAAGAAACUGACGAACACAAGGUUACACAGUGGAUAAAUUGCAAAACCGAUAUUUACCAGGCUUGAUUCCAAAGCCCAGACUGUCUCCACCACAUCAUAUUGACUCUGUUUACUUACAAAGAGUUGAGGUGAACUGGAAUAAAUAAUAGCCAGUAACAGUACUACUUUUAGUGAAUUUUCAAGAAAGCAUGAUUGGAAGAUUGCUUCAAAAGAUAAUGCAGUUGGUCUCUGAACAGAUGCUGAUGGUGAAUAUUUUUGGAGAUAUUGCCCGUUUGAUAGGAAUCACCCAUUUGAUAGGUCUGGUUGUGAAUCAGUUCAAGUUACUACCAAGGGAGAAAUUGGAAGGUAGCAUUUCCACUGCCUAGCUUUGUAACAAACUAUAGUGACUUAAAACAACAAUUUUAUAGAUCUUGUGAUGUUGUGAAUCAGAAAUUCAGGAAAGGCUCAUCCAGGCAAUUCUCUUUCUCCCUGUGGCGAUGACUCGGGUCACCUGGUGGUGUUCAGCAGGUAGUUGGACUGGCCUGGAGUUUCCAAGAUGAUCUCAUUCGCAUGUCUGACACUUUGGCAGGGAGGGCAGUAGUCUGGGCUCGCGGGCCUCCUCUCCCUCCCUGGAGUCUCAGGGACUUUCCAUGUGGUCUCUCCAUCAGGGCGGUCACACUUAUUAAAUGGCAGCUCAGGCCUGUAAGAGCCUGGGCAGAAAGUGCCACUCCUCCCUAGGCCAGGCCCAGAGCUGCCCGCAGAGUCACCACCAUACAUUGGUCAGCGAAGUCACUGGUCAGCCUGGAUUCAAGGGAAGAGCACAUACCACCUGAUGGCACGUGUGUCUGUCAAGGAUUUGGGGCCACUUCAGUCUUUCAUAGGUGGCCCUGGGUUUUUGAUUUGUCUUGAAUUUUCUGCGUUCGUUCAUUUGGGCUAGUUGUCCAUGCCGUAGAAACCACUUAUUUCGUCUGCCACGGGUCAGUAAAGGAGCUAGAGGGAGAAUAAGACAAAUACCUAAGCACAGGUUUCAUUAGCUACCCACCCACCAAGUUUCAUUGAUCUUACAGCAAAAUGUCCAUGUUGUUUUUCUUUUGUUCCAAGUUCCAAGUUGUGAGCAUUUGUUAGUUUGUUGUUUUUUUCCUGUGAAGCUGCAGUAACUGUACAUACUGAGCCAGAAGUACUCCAGAAAGAGUAAAAAGCUUACUGUUAGAGAAAGAAGCUUGUUUGUUAGAGAUGUCAGCUGUAUUUACGUUUAUAAAUAGGCACAAACUCCCAUGGUAUGGAAAAUUCGUAUGGCUACUAAAUCUCUUUCUCCAGGGGUUUCUAUGGAGUGGCUACAUGGUCACAUUCUUGAGAUCAUUUCAAGUUCUGCCUACCCACCCUAGGCCUCUCUUUACUGCCACCACACCACCUCGGGCACAGUUUUGUGCUAGAAGAUGAAUAAGUAAGUGCAUCCCAUUUUUAUUACCUUUCUUAGGAGAAAAUUCA